UUGUAAAAAUAUCGUGUAUGUAGCAACUCUCUUUGUUCAAAUGUGUUUUCUGACAAACUUCAAAUUAAACAUACCAUUUUGGUAAAAACAAUUGGACACUAACCAAAAAAAGCUUGAGAGCCAUUUCAACUGAAUCCUAGAGCGGUGUAACAUGGUAACUUUCAAACAGUGGUGAUAAAAAUGGCAGUGUCAAAUAUAUUUUAGUAUUAUAUUUCCUCUUAAAGUCCGGGGGGGAUGGCAUUGGCAAAUACAGAAAUGCUUUUAAAAUCUCUAACAUAGACAGUAACUUGGGUUGUCAAUUAAAUUUAGCAGAAAUGGAGAUUAACACUGGAAGAUAUGGUAUAAUUUGCCAGCAGGAUAAGAGAGUGACAUCUUGCUUAAUAUGAUGGACAAUGAGCCAGCCUCUCUAACUCACACCCUCUCAGUUAAAACCUAUCAUGCAAAAAUCUAAACUUUCUCAAUUUGCACCAACAGGUUUCUCAUAAUUGUUCCUGAUAAUGCUGAAUCUAUGGACAGACUUAAGAGGAUUCUAGAGGCGGAUAAACUUUCGACUACUCCAGAUAUUAGCAAAAACAGCCUCUUGGAUCACUACCGGAAAAUUCCGAAGUACCCAAUCUGAAUGCCUCAUAAAAAUUCUUGUUUUAACAGAAAAUUCGUUAUUUGCUAAGUUAAAUGUUUUUUUUUUCCAGGUCUGGAAAUUCCCAAGCAAAAAGGGGGGCAUUGUUCCCUCUAAGCAGAAUUCUCUCCUCCUGGUUUUGCAACUUCCAAGCAAUUCUUGCCUUGAUUUUCACCCAGUUUCCAGCAAAUGGGUAGCCAUGACCACAAGCAAUCAAGCAACCUCAAUUUGGGCGUUUCUCAAUUCUCAGGCUUCCCUGCAUUUUCUUCUGGAUAUGGAUCAAUCAUCAAUCACCUUUAUAGAAUAGCAAAUACAAGGUAAAAAAAAAUCCAGUCUGAAGUACAAAAUAGAAGGUGUUUGUGGUUGGUCAUUGUGACUGGAAAAAGCAUUUCCCUUUGUUUAGCUUCAUGAAUUUGUCUUCCUCUUUUGUAAAGUAGAAUCUGGAUACAACCCAAAUGAUGUACCGCAUAAUUUGUUGUCCAGAACUGUGGAUCUAUUUUGCAGAUAGCAUAUGAGCAAAUGCAUAUGCAAAAUUUAGUUAUAAGCUCAUGACCGACAAUCAAAUCCUGACAGAUUCAACUAGACAUGAAGUCAACUAUACAGUAGACCACAUUUUUGCCAAAGUUGGUGGAAUCCAUUGCAUUUCAACUAAAAGCUGUCCAUCAUGAAUGAACAACUCAAAAUUUCCAUGUAAGCUCCAUAACUCGUUUGGUAAUAGUGUUUUUCCUUUUAUUUUUUUUGGAUAAGUGGUAAUAGUGUUUUUCCUUACUUGAGAACCAACUAUGAUUUUCUCAUCAAAUGCUAAAAAGCACUGAAAAUCAAACUACUUGUAUAAUAACUACUAAAGAAACACCAAACACUCAUACCAGAGGCUAACAAAGCUUACUAAUUGAUUCACUAGUCAUCUAAAUACACCCAAAAAAAAAAAAAAAAUCCACCAGGGUCCAAACACUAAUUGACAGUAAUGCAUAAUCAGAGAGCGGUGUUGAGGUUAAUACUCUAAUAACAUGAUCAAACUAAUAAAUGGUACAAUUCAACUAUAAAAAAAACCUAAUUGAUGCACGAUUCACAGCCUGGAUAUCCAUUCAAUUGCAAACUAGGAUUUCUACCCUUUGAAAGUCAUAAUUGGUAAACUUCAAAUUGUAAAAGAGGGAAAGUACAAAUAAAGGUGAUGCCAUUAUAUAAAAAUCAAAUCGAGGACAAUUAAUGGAAACAAUUCCAAUCACUUGUCACCAGGUUGGCAAAUACAGAUGGGACAUCUUUCCAAACAGAUGAAGCAAAAUCACUAUUUCAUCUCACCAGAAAGACCUCAUCAAAUUGACACAUGAUUGUAUGAACGAAAAUUCCGGGAGUCAAAAGUUAAAUCCAACUACCACAUUUGUCAGUUUCCGAAACCGCCCACCACGUGCACAGCAUUGUGACUUGUGCCUCUCCAUUCAUAAUAGAAAACCAAUUUGUUGAUCAAUACUAUCACAGUUUUAUAAUGAAUUUGGUGGGUGGAUACAGAGUAUGUUGAUCUACGGAAGGGUAUUACAAGCUCUUCAUGGUGUGGGAAAUAAGGCUCUGCUAAGAGAUGGUUCUGGGGUUACAAGAGUAUUCUAAUUUGGAGUAGGUGUAAACCAAGAAGCCAAGAAAACCCUAAUCCUUUCAAAAUAGUGAAAAGAUUGUUCAUCCCACCUACAGGCAAAAUCGACAUAACAGUGUGAAUUUUUCUGUGUGGCUAUAAGUUUUCUUAGCAUUAUGGUAAAUCAUAUUCUGAACUUUUUUUCUUUUUUUGAUAAGUAAUAUUUUGAACAGAUGUCUUAGUAUAUCUUGAAUUACCUAAUACUGUGUAUGAAUUUAUGCAGGUAGCAGAGGAGCUGACAUCACUCUGUAAAAUUGCAUGGCCCAUAGUAGCCUCAAGCUUGCUUUUAUAUCCCAAGGCAAUCAUCUCCACAGUCUUCUUGGGAUAUCUUGGGGAUGCUGAAUUAGCUGGGGGCUCACUUUCAGUUGGAUUUGCAAAUAUUACAGGCUACUCUGUUCUGAAAGGCCUGGCGUUGGGGAUGGAACCAAUAUGUUCUCAAGCUUAUGGAGCAAAAAAAUGGGAAGUUAUCUGCCAAACAUACAAAAGGACUCAGUAUCUCCUCUUUCUUGCAGCCAUUCCAAUUUCUCUUUUGUGGUUAAACAUGGAGCCCAUCCUUCUAUGGUUAGGUCAAGAUCGAAACAUUACGUCUGUGGCCAAGGUUUAUAUAACAUAUUCUCUUCCUGAUUUACUAGCCCAAGUCCUCCUCCAUCCCUUAAAGAUUUUCAUAAGGACACAAAAUCUAACCAAAGCCCUCACUAUAUCUGCUGUUUGUGCAAUAAUUCUCCACCUCCCUAUCAACUACUAUCUUGUAACAUAUUUGAAUAUGGGGAUAAGGGGUGUUGCUCUAGCCUCAUCCUGGACUACCUUAAACCUGUACCUUGCUUUGCUAGUUUACCUUUUCCAAUCAAGGACAGCACUAAAACCUUGGGAUGGGAAAGCAAAACAUGAAUGCUCUCAAGGCUGGCAACCAUUGCUAGCCCUUGCAGUGCCAAGCGUUCUCUCUGUCUGUUUGGAGUGGUGGUGGUAUGAGAUAAUGCUCCUAUUGUGCGGUCUACUUAGUGAUCCACAGGCUAGUGUGGCUGCAAUGGGAAUCCUCAUACAAACAACAGGAUUGCUCUAUGUGUUUCCUCACUCUCUUGGCUUGGGUUUAUCAACAUGUGUUGGCCAAAAGUUGGGGGCUGGGCAGCCUGCGCAGGCUCAACAGACAACAAUAAUUGGACUCAUUGUGGCGAUUGUGUGCGGUAUACUGGCUUUUGCUUUUACAAUUGCAGUUAGAGAUGAGUGGGGCAAGCUAUUUACAUGUGAGCCAAAUGUCCUUGCUCUAACAUCAACUGCCCUUCCUGUAUUAGGCUUUUGUGAGCUAGGCAAUAGUCCCCAGACAGCUGCAUGUGGAGUCCUCACAGGCUCUGCACGGGCUAAGGUGGGUGCUUAUAUUAAUUUUGGCUCCUUCUAUCUAAUUGGUAUGCCAGUUGCAGUUCUCAUGAGUUUUAGAUUCAGAAAGGGCUUUAUGGGGUUGUGGUUUGGUCUUGCGGCAGCUCAGAUAUCAUGUAUGUGCAUGAUGAUCUACACUUUGGUUUCAACUGAUUGGAAGCAGCAGGCUAUAAGGGCCAAGGAUCUGGCUUUGGCCACUGAAGGUGAGAAUAAUGAUUUGGAAGUCAAUCUCCUUAGCUGAGUUUGGUCCCUUGAAGCUGCUAAACUACUUGUACUGGCACCAUGAUAUGAGAUAGUCCUAGACU